AUGAACAUACAGCUGGUAGCAGUAAUUCAGACCUAUCCCUGGCAGUGCAUGGAAUGCAAGACUUGUAUUAUCUGUAGAGACCCAUUUGAUGAGGUAAUAAACCCUCAUGGACCACCACUUAAGAUACUGUAUUUAUUAUAUAGAUACUGAUGAAAUACCAGGAUUUUUCCUUUUACUGAAAAAUCAUAUCUUCAUCGCGCGCAGUGAAGAUACUAUUUUUAUCUUUCACGUGUGAGGAUAUUGGUGUCCCCAUGGUUACUAACAUGAUUAGCCAAUUACAAGAGAGCUUCCCGCUCAGGAGACUUUUUGGAAUGAUGUUUAAAGUAAUUGUCUCUUUUAUUUUACUGAGAUAGAAUCGUAAAUGUAUGGAUGGUGUAGGUACAUUUGUACCAAGUUGCACCGAAUUUCUCUUAUAAUCCUCGAAUAACCGCCACACCUAAUCAAAAGAAAGCGACGUUUAAGGCGAAAAAGAAUUGCCUUUAGAAAGAACUAAGUUUAAGCCAAAGUUGGAUUAGCGUUAAAAACUAUGAAGAGGGCUUGGUUCACUUAUCAUAGCGUUAAUAGUUAUAAAAACAUUCUUUUACAAUAGGGCCAUUUAUACGAGGAAAAAUAAGACGCGUCUUACAUAAGACGCGUCUUAAAUAAGACGCGAACUUUCCGUAUAAACGACACAUUUCGUCUAAAAUAAGACGCGGCUUAGCUAAGACGCGUCUUAUUAGAUAAGACAUGCUCGAAUAAAUGGUACAGUUCGCGUCUUAUUUAAGACGCGUCUUAUUUUUCCUCGUAUAAAUGGCCCUAAUAUGUCGUUAAAUUUUCGAAAUUUUUGGGUCGGUGUGGUAGUGUAGUGUUUAUACUGUACGAAAGGCCCAUGUUCUAUUCUCGGGGGGGAGGGGGUGCUCCCUUAUAAGAGGUUAAUGGGGAUAUCCCGCUGGAUGGGAUCGCAUUUUCACGACUGGAUUGACUAUAAUGGGGUUGCAUUUUCAAAAGAGUCACUAGAAUGGGGUCACAUAUUUUCGGAUUUUUGGGGUAAGAAAGAUCUUCAUAUUUGCGGUUAGCAAUCGUACCUGGAUGUUUGUACUGUAGGUGAAAAGGAAAUUGUUUUUCAUUCAAUUUAAAAAAUGGGUCAGUUCAUUUUAGGAUGACCUGUUUAAAGGUUGAUAAGGUAGAUACAUGACUAGAAAGUGACUAAACUGGGAUCGCGAAAAUUACAUAGUUGCCCAACAGUGACUAAGAUGGGGUCUAUUAUUGGCCACAGAAUAGACUAUAAUGGGGUAGAGGCUCUGAAAAAUAAAUUAACCCGAGUACCGCCCCCCACCCCCCCCUGAAGAUCUGUUUUAAAGGUUGGAAAGGUAGAUACAAGACCAGAAAGGGACAAAACGGGGUACCGGAAAAUUAAAAAUUGGCCCAAAAGGGUAAAAGAGGGGGUUUAUUUUUGGCCACAGAAAAAAAAAAAAAGGGGGGGGGGGUUUGAAAAAAAAAUUUACCCCAGUACCCCCCCCCCCCCCCCCCGGGUUGUAUUCUGGGUUGUGAAUUUCAUGCUAAAAACUUUUAACAACAGCUCAAAAAUUUUCUGAAUUCUGUUAAAAAUGGCGACAGUUGUUUACUAAAGGGAAAUUUGCGUCGAGCGACAGAGUUAAUGCGAUUAUUAUUGUGAUUGUUGAUAGGACAAGAUGUUGUUUUGUGAUGAGUGCGAUCGGGGAUAUCACAGUUUCUGUGUUGGACUCAAGCAGAUACCUGUGGGUGAGUAAAUAUACACAUUACACAUUAAUCAUGUCAGCAGCGCUGACUAGAGCAAAGGAACAAAAUUGUUUUCAAUCUUUCUUCAUUUAUCACCACAUAGAAUGCUCUCGACUCAUAUAGGCUCGAUUACCAGCCGCUGUUCGGGAAAGCGCUGGGCGGCUGAAAUCGGGCCUAGUUGUCAUGUAAAUCAUACAGAACUGUUAAGUUACCGAGGUCGCUGUAGCUCUAAGACUCUGCUCUUAAAAAAAAUGGUAGGAAGUCUAGAAGUUAGGAACCUCGGGAAACCAUAAUACCAGCAUAAUAACAAAUGUUUUGUCAAAACGGAGAUUUUCUUUUCAAAAGUAAGUCAUCAGAGCCUACUGAGAUCUGCGAGAGUAGAACGCUUUAUAGUUUAGGCACGGGAUUGAAUCUUGUCAACCGUUCAAACUUAUUGUUUGUCCCAUGCUCGAAAAGAGGAGCAUUUCAUUUUUAUCGAUCUUAAAUCCUUUUUCUGGUUGACCAGGUCGUUGGACGUGUGACAUGUGCGGAAUGUGUGCAUCGUGUUUGAGGCGGUCACCAGGCGAGGGAUCAGCAUCCAGAUGGAAACACGAGGUUUGUGCGACAAAAAUGAGGCCGAAGGGGAUUUUUAUCUAUGGUUUCUUGGGUAUCAUCAAAGAUUGGACAGCUUAAAGGGGCUGUGUCACGGCUGUCUGGCUCAUUUUGUUAAUAGAGCGAUUUUCUUAUGACCUUGAAAUGAAAACGCGCGAACAAAACAGAAACAACAAACGAACGGAAAUAGAGCGAUUUGAUUGGUUUAUCGAAGGGAUACAAACGCGCGUGGCUUUUGGUUGGUUAAGCCAACGCCCGAGUGAAAAAACUUCAUGCCCGAGAACUUUCUAGAAAUCAACGGAUACUUCGCUUUGACGUCAUACUGCAACGCGAUUAGCCAAUCGAACAAUGCCUUCUCCAUAUUAGGGUUUUCUUUGGCGGGGAAACGAAGAGUCCAUGUUUUGAUCUUUUCAUCGAUUGGCUGAUAAAACAAAUAACGAACUCUUCCCGAAACCAUUUUCCAAGGUCAUACGAAAAUUGCUCGAAUAUUGCCAGUAACGCGUCUUUGUUUGCUAAGGAACUUGACAUAAGCGAAACAAAUAUCUCUCCCAGAGCAUUAUAUCAAACCUUACAAACAACAAGAAUGAAAUCUGAAAAACUGUUCGGCUAAGAAGGUUUCAAAAACGGCAAAGAUAAUGCAUUUUAAUCUUCUUCAAGUUCGUCCAUCGAUGCCUUCUUUUGUAUUUGCUUUGUUAUUUAUACCUUCUUUUAAUGUUUUUGGUUAUUUUUAUGUUCCACCCAAUUUGGUAGCAGUCCUUACUGUUUGAAUGUUGAUAAAUUUCGUGACACAGCUCCUUUAACUCCUCGGAUACUCGGUGUAUCUUGUUCUCAUCUAAGCUGUCUACAGUCAAAUGUCUCGUUAAUUACAUUCCCGUUUUUUAUUUUUUGCCUUUGGGGAGUUAAGCAACGACUACAGCGACCCUUUUUUGUACAUUUUUUAGCCAUCUUUGCUCGACUACAACGUGAAAGUGCCUAAUUUCACGUUUUUUUUGAGGACGGGAACGCAAGACUACAACUUUCUUUUUCUUUUCCUGAACUUUGAUACAGUCCUUUAGAAUUCAACUUCAAAAAAAUUUGCCAACAUUUGACGAGUUAAACGAGAUGGAAUAAGCGCGAUAAAGUUUGAAGCAGCGCAAAUUCACUUUUUAAGUGACGUUUUCUUGGCCGUCGCCAUCAAUGUUACUUAAGCUCCCUUUUAUCGAGCACAGCGUGACUGGGCCAUUUGUGCGCAGGACUUGCGUUCUACACUUGUUCUCGGUAAUCCCAAGUUCAACUACUCCAACCAGCUUGUAAAGCAGAGCCAACAAGCUGGCCUUCUCCCAGUUGGCAUUCCUACUUGUUAUGUCUAUAUCAAUUAUUUGUUUCUGUCCUUAUCACAGGGUCCAGAGGAGUUUCGUGUGAAUAAAUGAAUUACUUAUUUAAAGUCUCACCUUGAAAAAUGUCUAUACCUGUCGCUUAGCACGAUUAAUUAGCCCAAUGGGAUCUUUAUAAAUCUACUGUAAACGAUUUCUUCGCUUCUAAUCUGACCCAGAUCGACUUUUGAAAAUCAAUAACCGCAAGCCAUAUCCUCGCUGGCGCACGGCACGUCGCCCGAAGGGUGACCGAAGGGCGACCGAGGCACGAAGUGCCGAGUAUUUUAUACUGUAAGCCGAUCUUGCGAGCCCUCAGUCUCUUGGUUUGCGGUCUAUAGAAUGUGUAACGAAACUGUAACGCGAUCAAAAUAACCCAUUUUUUUCAGAGGUUUUCGACGGGUUUUGAUGUCCUAACGACAAACACAUCUCCUCUGGACCCUGUGUCCUUAUUUAUGGGCCAAAACGUAAACUACAUGUACUGGGUUAUAAUUAAUUUAUUGUGUUAUCCAAAUAAAGUCGUUAAUUAGUUUCACGCCUUUCUUUUCACACGUAGUACACAAAACCGCGUGACGGAGCAGAAGCACAGUUUUUACAAACCCUUUGCAGUGCUUGUUCAAGGUACUCUUUUAUUUCUAUUUUUUUUUCUAAUUAUUAAAACUUGCCUUUCUUUUGUCCCAAUACGCUACCAUUAUUUGUGUCGUCACACAAUGCUCGCCCUUGAAACAUUAUUUUAAUGUUGUCUGGCAACCAAAACAACAACCUUGUCCCCAGAUUCUUUCUUCAGGGCACCGACGAGAGGAAGAGAAACACUGGAAACGAAGUUGCCAAAGUGGCUGCGCAAGAGACUGGACCUUCCGUUGUUAUACAGUUUAUUUCAUUGUGGACCGAAUUUGGCAUUAUUAACUGAAUUGUAAUGAGAUUUAGCCACCUUUGAGAGACUGAAAAACAGGCCCAUCAUUCUAAACGAUAAGCUGAGACUCAAAACGCCAUCUCUUGAGUCCUAAUACAGCAGCCAGUUCGCUAAGUAAAUCAUUCAGUCAAAUUUAUUCAUAUAACUGAAAAGAAAAAUAACAUAUCAAUCCUAACGUCCAGAAAAAUGAUGACAGUUCUAGAAGCUGACCGCGAUAUUUAAGCCGAUUCUGUUUGCUUCUGUGUCACUCACGUCGUGAUUUGCAGAUAGCUGUCGGACUGAAUGUGGGAAAGCAGGCGCGGAAAGCAAAGCAGGUUACAUUAACAACACAAAAAUGUAAAUUUCGGCGGGAUGCAUUGUUUGUAAACUUGGCAGAUAGAAUUGCAGAGCCUGUGAGGAUUCGAGGCGGAUAAUAGCGAGUUUAAGCUAAUACGUGGAAGUGGAUUUCUUGCAUUCUUGGUCAAUGUUUUUCCCCAAAUUUUCGGGCCAGUCGUCUCUAUAAGAGUAAAGACACUUAGCAAGACACGUUUGGUAGCGUCAAGGCAUAUCAACAGGGAAGAGGUCUCAUUUCCGGUUGACUUACUUCCGGUCGUGGCUCAAAAACGUCUUUGCCUAAACUUCCUGUGGUUCUGGACCAAGAUGCUGACUUGUUUAAUAUUGCGCCAUGCAGCUGACCCGCAAAAGUUUUUUAUCUUCUGAUUGUGGCAUUCGGUGUUUGUCUAAUACUUAACGUUAUCUCCAACAGGUUAUUCAGAUCAGGGAACUUUUGCCCCGUUUGCUUAAAAGUUUAUCGAAAUGACGAAUCGGACUUGCCCAUGGUUUGUUGUGACAUGUGUGACCGCUGGGUACACACGGGUAAGGGCGUUUUUACUCUUCAAACUUUUUUGUUAUUGCGUUAUACCCGUAGAGUCACCGAAUAAAAAUUUCAGAAAAAUAUUCAGAUUUCUCUUUGUUAUAUCCUAAGAAAAAAUAGUAUUAUACAAGAAAUGAAAAUUUAAGUCCCCCCUUUUGAACAUACAUGUAAACAUGUACGAAGCCCCCUCACUGAACAUGAGCAAAAUGUUUUGAAAACAACUGUAUUUAAUGAUUAUCUGCAGAUUGCACAAUCUCAAAGAUUCGGUGGGACUAAGAAAUGGCUGCCCUGAAGAAUGAUUUGAAUAUCCUUCACUGAGUUUUUCAGUAAUGCCCUAUCAUGAAAUAAAACGAAUAACCCGUAGCUGCCUCUAUAUUUUCACUAUCCCUCCCUUUUCUAACCCCCACCUCUCUUUGGCAGGAAAAAUAAGCUCCCAAUACUAGGGUAUUUGAAAGUACUUUUAGUCAGAAAAGCUGUCACUUAAACUUUUGGUUGUGCUAAAUUACAGAAAUGAAUAUCUUUAUCUAUAUUUACACAAAACAACUAUUUCGAAGUAGAUAAGAAUUCUCGGGGGCGGGUAAUAGACCGCCAAGCCGGCAAAGUAUUGGAAAUCUCCGGGGCGUAUCCCUUGAGGGACGGUUACUUAUCGAACUUAAUUAUACCAGAUUUGCUUACGAAGUGUUCUUUGCUUGCAGAUUGCGAUGGUAUCAAUGAAAAGGAGUAUGCUCAACUAGCCAAGACUAAAAGCAAGUACAGCUGCGUAUUGUGUCGAGGAGAGAGAGAAGAAAGGAUGGACUCCUUUCACAGGAAAAACAGAAAUAAGAACAGCUGA